AUGGCCGCCAGAGAACCUCGUUUCAACCAAGAAGUCCUCGUGGACACCACGCCCAUGCCGGACCACAUCCCUAAGGUCCAAGAGCUCGGCGCCACUUCCGCACCCCUUUUCAGCGCCGCCUACUUUAUCGGCGAGCGCUGCAAGGCCUACAACGAUGACUUCAUGAAGUGCAAGGACGAGGGCAAUGGCCGCGGGGAGCUGGAUUGCUUGAAGGAGGGCCGCAAGGUCACGCGCUGUGCUGCUAGCGUUAUCAAGGAUAUCAACACCCACUGCUUGUCGCAGUUCAAGGCUCACUGGGAGUGCCUUGAGAACAACAACCACUACCUUUUCGAGUGCCGCCGGCCUGAGAUGGACUUGAACAAGUGUGUUUUUGACAAGCUGGGUCUGAAGAAGGAGAUCCCCGGCUCCCCCGAGGGCCAGGUCCCCGUCCACCUGCGUCCCAAGCAGAAGUACGCCAUCUACCCGGGCCCCCAGUACUAA